UCUGCCAUGUUCAGUUUAGUGUUGAAAGAAAAAUAGUUUUCAAAAAUAUUUUAUGUUGGACAGUUUUAUAACUUUUCUGAUAAGGAAAAAACGUUACUUGGAUUAAGUAAGCUUGAUUUGGUCACUUUCCAAGUGUUGUAAAUUACCAUCUAAAUGAAGAGUAUCUGAAGUCAUGGUCGUGUAAUUAUGGCGGAGCUAGAUUUGGAGAGGCCACCGGCUGUCAGUCAUAGCGAGCUGACGGCCGGGAGGGACGUUACACAUCUGCUGUCCCAUAUUAACCAGAAUUUCCGGCAAUCAAAGGCGGAUCAAAUACUCAGGCUUCUCAGGGACCAGGAUAAACUCCAAGACAAGCUUCAGGAUGUUCGUGAUGUUGAUGACGAUCAGUUGAUUAAAGAGUAUGAAUUAAUACGUGAAGAAAGAGUGGUGAAUGACAGUGACACGCUAACGGAUUCCAGUUCAAUAUCGGAGAUAGAAUGUACUGAUAUUAAAGAGGAUACGAAUGAGGAUAAUAAUAUUGAUACACAAACAAUGAAUGGAAACACGGGUAAUGCUGAAAGAGCGAGGGAUAUUCGAGGAUAUAAGGCCAGUAGGUCUAGAACUUCUAUGGGGUUUUAUAAUGAUGGUCAGCCACAACAAGUGAAUGAACACGCUUUUACUACACAAAUGGAUACUCGUGAUUUAAGUGUUCGACCUAAAUCCAGUUAUGUUCGUAGAAAUCAGUUCCGGAAACACUUUGAGGCAGACGUUGACGGUGGGGAGGACGAGGGAGGCGAAGCCCCGCCACCUCCUGUGCGAGCAUCGAAAUCUGCCCGUCCGAAAAGUCGCCUUGGCCGGGCCUCUGUGCAGCGCUCCGAAAGGAAAAUCGCCAUGGUGGAGGCGGAAAUUGUGACGGCAACGACACCAGUAGAGCCCCAAACCGCCGGGAGGGACGAUCAGACUAGGGGCGCUAACAUCGCUAGCACAAGCAACAUGUACGACAGGUUUGCUAGCGUUCGCCAAGCCAAACGUGAAAGUAAGCGGGGAACUAAAGCAUUCUGUGAUUCUUCUGUUGUACCUCAGCGUGAACACACUGUAGAGAACAUGAGUGUUGACUCGAGUGGUGGUCAUUCUGGGGACGCCCGCAUGGACGAAGUGACAGAAAUACAGUCCAUGGUUCAACCACUGGUAUCUGUAACAAACAAUACUGCUAGUGUUACGUCAACGCUGGUUCGGGAACCCUCUAUUCACAAGGUGUCCAGUUUCAACACGAGCACCGUUCCUCGUGGCUCACCUGUUCAGGUCACGCGUACCUCGCCCGUCCAACAGCCGCCGUCGCAUCCCCAAAAGCGUCCCCAUGUUGCUUCGCGGCCCGAGCACCAGCUGCCAAACAGACAUCCGCCACAAAAUGUAGAUCCGAACUUUGUGCGGUCAGAGACAAUGGUUCAUACACCGGGCGUACGCCCUGAGCGCCAGGAACGUUAUGAACGUCACGAACGAACGCAAGUACCUCUUAGACACUCAAACUCUAAUCUAGGGUACCAUGGUAGACCAAAAAAUCCCGAACCUAUCACAUCUAGACCGAUUGAACGCACAGACAUGCGUCCCAGCACACGGACUAGGCGUCUCCAGAGACGUUAUAUGCAACAGUCUCAAGGACAUGGUACCAACGUAAGACCGACGUCAGAAUCAGUUAUUCUGGCGAGGCAAAAGACUGAAAAGAACUUGCUUAAACAGAAGUCAGAAAACAGACCUCAUUCGGAGAAAAUUGUUAACUCGAACAAAAUGUUAUCAGUGUCUGAAAAUCCCACACAGGGACCUCAAACGUACGUGACGUCAAAAUCUGGUGUCACUCAAGCGUCACAUGUUCAGACAGGUGGUUUUAGGGGUUAUGAUCCCAGUAGGAACUUAAAAAAUUCCGUCCAGUCGCGAGAUUUACCUAGCGAUUUAACAUUACCUCGACAACGCCCAAAUAUGGUUAUGGGGUCGGGGAAAGCACCGUUAACUCUGAUGAAAUUACCUCCCCUUGAGGCUUCUCUUGCUGCCAAAAAGAAGGAACGCGGACUAACUCUCGCGCAAAGAGAAACGUGUGUAUGAUAUGUAUGGAAUUAUUACUUCAAUUUGUGAACACUAGAAAAAUAAAGUGCUAGAAUAUAGUUUUUUAGUAAAAUCAGCAACAGACAAACAGCAUUUAGUUUUGCAAUAUUUCAUAUAUUUUUUUUCCUUUAAAAAACGCAUGUUCAUUGCUAAAAUUAAUUGUAUAAAUGUGUUAUUUUAUUUGAAAUGUGCCAAUGGUGUAGCAGAAUGUGAUAUAUUGUUGUAAUUAUUAUGUGAUUGGAUAAAGUCAUUAAAAUACCAAUCGGAUUUAUUACAGAGAGUUUAAUUUAGUUAAAAUUCUUAAAGGUUCAGCGCAUUGUACUUAAUUCUUAAAGGUUAUGUUCCCAAAUUAAAACUGUUAUAUAGGUGACAUUUAAUUGGUAUUGUAAUGUUAACAUCGAUACACUUAUUAUCAAGAUUAACAGAUUAAUAUUAAAACAUACAACAGACCAUUUCCCGAAAUAAGAAAAUGCGCCACCGUGUGCUAUAUUCAAGCACAUAUAUAUUCUAUUUUUUAUAAAGACUUGCUAAUUGUUAAUUCACAAUUUACUGCAAAUUAACAUAUAAUUUAUUUGAUAAAGCCGUUUGAAAAAUGUAACGAAAAGAAAUAUAUAAAGUUAUAAUAAAUUUGAGCUUAAGUUUAAUAGAUGAAACCUAUUUUUCUCAAUGUAUGUAAGUGCGUUUAAUAUUUGAAUCAAAUAUUGCCUUGCAAAUACAUUUUCAGUUUUGAAACAGACUAUAUGAUUUAAAGUGGAUGUGUUUUGAUGUUUGGCCCAACAUUGGUUUUAUGUAGGCCUUUUUUCACAAACACACAGACACCAACGUAAAAAUAUACUUCUUUUUGAUAAGAGUUUGUUGACGCAUAGUGCAUGGUUGAAAAUUGAACUUUGGAGUAUGUUUUGUUCACAAACGCAAGCUCAGUUGUAUUUUUUAUUAAAAUAUAAAGCUAAGCGAAAAUGUGACGUCAUCGUAAUUUCUUGUUGCCUUGGUGACGUAAUUAUGCUGGAACUCUUGUGAUAAUAUUGUUAUUAUAUAUGUCCUGAAUUGUUAUAUGUUCUGAAUUGUUAAUGAUGUUGAUUAAUAAAAUCAAGAGAUGACAA